AUGGCAGCUAUCGGGUCAACCACUGCGAGCUUUAUACAGUUUCCGGGACCUCGCACAUUGAUAUAUCCUGUACUAGCUCGUCUUCUAUUUAUUCCAUACUUUAUGCUAUGUAACUACAAUGUAGAAGACCGCGUAAUGCCAGUGGUGUUCAAGAACGAGUGGUGGUUUAUCAUUGGCAAUAUCAUAAUGGCUUUUACUAGCGGAUAUUUCAGUUCAUUAGGAAUGAUGUAUGCGCCAAGGGUAGUUGAAAGCAAAUUCUCGAAAACGGCAGGAAUGGCAGCCGGACUGUGUUUAGUGAUAGGUAUGCAAUCCUCAACUUCAACUUUGAGGUCAGCUUCAAUCAAAAUUACAGGUUUGAUGAUUGGUGUGUCAUUUACACCAGCAAUCACUGCGAUGGUGAACAAUAUCAGUUAA